CGCGGCUAAUCUCUCUCGCUUCCGUUCGUGAACUCACCAAUCAAACCCACCGGAAAUCCGAGCCGUCCAAACCCCCUCUUGCUACUACUAUAAACAAAACCCCGCAUCCACCCCGCCGGUGAUUCUCCUUCCCACACGACCAGAUGCGCCUCCUCCUCCUGCUGCUCGUCGCCGCCGCGGCGGAGGCGGCCGGCGCAGGGAGGAAGGGGAAGGGCGGCGGCGGAGGCGGCGGGCUGCGGUUCCGGGGCGGGACCGGGACGUUCAAGGUGGUGCAGGUGGCGGACAUGCACUACGCGGACGGCCGCCGGACGGGCUGCCUCGACGUGCUCCCCUCCGAGGUCGCCGGGUGCUCCGACCUCAACACCACCGCCUUCCUCUACCGCCUCUUCCGCGCCGAGGACCCCGACCUCGUCGUCUUCACCGGUGAUAAUAUCUAUGGUGCGGAUGCAACCGAUGCGGCCAAGUCUAUGGAUGCAGCAAUCGCCCCAGCGAUCGACAUGAAACUUCCUUGGGCUGCUGUGAUUGGAAACCAUGACCAAGAAGGUACGCUGUCACGCGAGGGUGUGAUGCGUCACCUUGUGGGCAUGAAGAACACCCUUUCUCGCUUCAAUCCAAAAGGAAUAGAAAUUGAUGGUUAUGGAAAUUACAAUUUGGAAGUUGGUGGGGUUGAAGGAACAUUGCUGGCUAACAAAUCGGUGCUCAACCUCUAUUUUCUUGACAGUGGUGACUAUUCUACGGUACCUUCCAUCGGUGGAUAUGGUUGGAUAAAGGCUUCGCAGCAAUUCUGGUUCCAGCAAACCUCUUCGAAUCUCCAGACAAAAUAUACGAAGGAGCAACCGAAACAGAAAGAAGCAGCACCUGGUCUUGUGUACUUCCACAUUCCAUUGCCAGAGUUCAGCAGCUUUACAGCAUCCAACUUCACAGGAGUGAAGCAGGAGGGUAUCAGCUCACCAUCAAUCAACUCUGGGUUCUUUGCCAGCAUGGUGGAGGCCGGAGAUGUGAAGGCUGCCUUCAUAGGGCAUGAUCAUGUGAAUGAUUUCUGUGGGAAGCUCAGUGGUAUUCAGCUGUGCUAUGCUGGUGGUUUUGGGUACCAUGCCUAUGGGCAGGCCGGUUGGUCAAGGAGAGCAAGGGUGGUGUCUGUGCAGCUCGAGAAGACGGAUAGCGGUGAGUGGAGAGGAGUGAAGUCCAUCAAGACAUGGAAGAGGCUUGAUGAUCCACAUCUUACCACGAUUGAUUCACAGAUCCUCUGGAACAGAGGCUCUAAUGGCGCAAGAAGAAUCCAGAUGGAAGAUAAGAUAGUAACAUAGAAGACGGGGGCAGUGAAUGUUGCAACGUGUUACACGUCCACACGUCAUGGUGUGCCGUUUGCCAGUUUGUUUUACAAAAUUCUUGAUUAUGUAAUGUAAAUGGACAAAACCAUGGUGCACGGCAUGCAUACUUUGCGCUUGUAAUUUUCCUCACCGAAAAAAACGGUGAAUCGUAGAGUUACAUUAGUUUCAGUGCAAA